AUGGGGCGCUUUAGCUGGUUAACGGAGGGUUCGAGUAGCUCUGACCAGCUGGCUACUCGAAGCUCUGCUAGGGUAGUUAGUAAGGACGAAGAAGAUGUGAGUUCUCAUACCAGUCGAGAUAUAAGCUAUGGAAUACCGAGCAGAUGCUACUGCGGUUUGUUAACUCCGCUGAAAAUGAUGGACCAUACGGACGAGCAUCCAGGGCGGAUGUUUUUUGGAUGCAAGAAUUAUAAGCUUGGUUUCCCACAUCUUAUGAAAUGGUGGGACGAGGCUAUGAUGGAGGAGUUUCUACAACUCAAAUGGGCCGUCGACAACCCUCGUUUUGGCUUUCGCCAACCUGAAUCUGAAGAACGCGAAACCUUGCUUCGGACUGAGGCAGAGUUAACUGAUGUGAAGAACCAAGUUCUGAAGAUGAAGCGUUUAAGAAGAGUCGAGGUGACGACGGCGGUUACUCUAUUCGGGUUGAAACACUUAAUUUGGUUGUGCGUAUUGCAAAUCAUCGUAUUCCUAAUCAGAGACCUCUUACGUAGAACUCCAAAUAGACCUCAUACAGGCGAUUUCGUUGUCUCCGCCGAAUACACAACCGCCGUCUCCGCCGAUUACACAACCCGCUGUCUCCGCCGAUUACACAACCCGCUGUCUCCGCCGCUUACAGAACCCGCUGCCGCCGGUAAGUUCUUCAUUCUAGUGAAAUUCUAA